AUGCGUGAUGAGGAUACGUGCACUAACCUAAAAGAUAUGGUUGUUGAUUUAGCCAAUAAAACCGACAAAAUAUAUGUAGAUGAAGAAUUAAAUCGUUAUGAUACAAAAGCAAUGAGUUAUACAGAAGAAGCAAAGGAACGGGUCAAUGAAAAUUAUGUGAAGAAGUCGGAAGUAAAUGAUGCGGUUAAUGGUAAAAUUAAUGAAAGAUUUUCGAAUAUCGAUUCAUUAACAGUUAAUGACAUUCAAUUACACCAUCAAUUACCUGGUCAAAAGAAUGUGGAAUAUAAUAAUCUUACUAAUGUUCUCGAUGGUUUCAAUGAAUUUAGAACUGAUGCAACAAAUGCGAUUGUAAGCAUGAAGAAUGAAAUAUUGCAAGCUAUAUAUCCUGUUGGUUCUUUAUAUACAUCAAUGAACUCAACAAAUCCAGCAAGUGUUUUAGGUUUUGGUUCAUGGCAGCAGAUUGUAGAUAAAUUCUUAUACUGUGCUAACUCUUCAAAUCAAACAGGUGGUUCAAAGAAAAUUUUAGAAGCAAACCUUCCACCGCAUAAGCAUACAGGAACGACAAACUUUUCAGGAUACCAUACGCAUACUUUCGAUGACCACUACGUAGCUAACUGGCAAAAAGAUUUUAACAGUGACAAUACAUUUAGACCAUUAGAUACUACAUGCAAAUGGGUUAAAAGAACAACAGAUGAAGGAGGCAACCACCAGCAUACAUUUACAACAAAUCCAACAGGAAGUGGUGCAGAUUAUAUGCCACCGUAUAUUACAGUUUAUGCAUGGGUUAGAACGGACUGA